CCUCUACCGUCAUUGGUCGCUGGUUCUCCAGCUUACUGAGCAUGUGUAUGCGCCGCUUAGCUGUUAGCAUUUAGAGAUGGCCUCAGACAAGCAAAACGACGCUAAAGUGUCGUCUGCGGAUGAAAACAAAAAUAAUUCGUCGGAUGGAGGACUUGGACUCGAAAUUUUGCAAAUAAUCAAGGAGUCCCAGCAGCAGCAUGGCCUCAGACACGGAGACUACCAGAGAUACCGGGGUUACUGCUCCCGUAGACUGCGUCGCCUGCGCAAGACUCUUGGUUUCAGGAUGGGCAACCGACACAAGUUCGUUGGGAAGAAAAUAACGGUCGAAAUGCUCUCUGACAGCAGGUAUCUGUUGCUGGUUUUGAUGGAGGCCGAGCGUGCGUGGAGUUACGCUAUGCAGCUGAAGCAGGAGGCUAACACAGAGCCACGUAAGCGCUUCCACCUGCUGGCACGACUACGCAAGGCAGCGAAGCACAGCGAGAAACUGGAGAAGCUCUGCGAGAGCCCGCGCGUAGACGCCAAGACCAAACUUGAGGCGCAGGCCUACACUUCAUAUCUGACUGGUAUGGUGGUGUUUGAACUGCAGGAGUGGAAGCUCGCCAUGGAGGCCUUCAACAAGUGCAAGACCAUCUAUGAGAAGCUGGCCAGUGCUUUCACAGAGGAGUUAGCAGUUCUGUAUCGCCAGCGUGUGGACGAGAUAUCGCCCAACAUCCGCUACUGUGCUUACAACAUUGGAGACCAAAACGCCAUCAAUGACUUGAUGCAAAUGAGACUGACUGGAGGAGGAGGAGGCAUGAUGGCUGAGAAACUAGAGGCGCUGAUCACUCAGGCAAGAACCAAACAGGCAGCCACCAUGAGCGAGGUGGAGUGGCGAGGGCGGUCGGUGCCCGUCAAGAUCGACAAGGCCCGCAUCUUCCUGUUGGGUCUGGCAGACAACGAAGCCGCUAUCGCUCAGACGGCUAACGAGGAGACCAAAGAGCAUCUUUAUGAGACCCUGCUGGCCGAGUGCAGAGACACCAUCCAGGCUGUGAGAGAGGAACUCAAGAGUGAGGCGAAGCAGCGAGAGAGGGGCUCUGAAAGUGACAGCAGCAAGGUGUCCAACCUGCAGUUCCUGCACAGUUACCUGACCUACAUCAAGCUGGUUACGCUGGUGAAGAGGAAUGAGAGCAUGGCCCACACUCUGCAGGCUAAACUGAAGGAACCCGAAGCAGACGAGAGCAAGAGAGGGCCCCGUCCACAGGAUCUCAUCCGCCUCUACGACAUCAUCCUGCAGAGUCUGGCUGAGCUGUCCACCCUGCAGGGCCUGGAGGAUGACCACACCUUCCAGAAGGAGGUGUCCCUCAAGACGCUGGUCUACAAGGCCAACAGGUGUUUCUUCAUAGCUCAGUCAUAUGUGCUGGUGAAGAAGUGGAGUGAGGCAUUAGUGCUGUAUGAGAGGGUGCUGAAAUAUGCCAAGGAGGUGCAGUCCAAGACCAAGAACCUCAAAAACAGCCUCAAGGAUCUCCCUGACGUCCAGGAGCUCAUUGCUGAGGUCAACGCUGAAAAAUACUCCCUUCAAGCUGCUGCUAUUUUAGACACUGAUGAGACUGCUGAAGUUCCCUCUCAGCAGCAGGUCAAAGACAACACGCCCCUCUGCAACCGUCUGGAGACGUUCCGCCUCGAACCGGCCCUCGUGGGAAAGCAGCCCAAUUUGGUCCAGUUCCCUCCCGACUUCCAGCCAAUUCCCUGCAAGCCCCUGUUCUUUGACCUUGCGCUCAACCAUGUGGCCUUCCCACCCCUGGACGACAAGGUGGAGCAGAAGGGCAAGGGUGGCCUCACCGGCUACAUCAAGGGCAUCUUUGGCUUUGGCAGCUAAAUCGAUCUCCCAGGCUUUGGAUUCAACAGGAGAGCCACAAGGUCCCGAGUUCACCACAAACAACCAGCCUUGGGCCGGUCGUUAAUUAGAAUAAUUCAAAUUACUUAUAUGUUUGAUUUUUUUUCUUCUUCUUUUUUUUGCCUAAGUGCAAGAUGGGUGGAGUUUGCCGCUCCGAGGGAGGCGAGGAAGUGAUCUGAUAAAUUUCAAGUAGCAAUAUGACCCACGUUCCCAGGCUGCAUGGGAUCCGAGCAUACGGGCUCCCUCCUUACUUUGACAUAAGGAGGUGGCCGUGUCUUUCAGGUUUUACAGGUUACCAUGCCAUGUCUGCAGCUACAGACGAGUUGUCAAUCUCACGAUCCCGACGGAGCAAACGAAACCACUUGCUGAUCAUUAGUAGUGUUUAUUUCUUCAUUUUUUACUGUUGUGUAAGCGCCUUCAUUUAACAACGUAAGUUUUUUUCUUUAUGCGAGAGAUGUUUUCUGCAUCUUCUUUUUUAACGUACAACUUACAAAGUGCAGUUUUGUUAUUGCAGCUACUAAAAAAACCCAAAGUAGUGCUUAUCAAAAUCCAUAAAUAUUCAGUGAAAUGUAGUUCAGCAAACUGAAGCUGUUUUAUCAAUCAUCAUGGUUUUCAGAAGACUUCUGCUGCAAUCUAAUUCUUCCCUCCACCCCUGCUUUGGUUUCUCCUGCUUUUUUACUGUGCAUGAAUUGUUUUUGUUAAUUUGUCAACUACAACCUACACGGGUCAUAAUGUAUAUGUUGUCCUGUAUGACAUUGGGCACCAAAAGUGCCAUCGUGUUCGAGAAGCGUCCAACUGCUUCAACCCGUCUGAAUGGAAGCGCAAGUCGCCAUCUUUAACACCCCUCGCUGUGUCGCAUUUUCUACAGAAGGGCCUGCUCGCUGAGGACCGUAUGGAACCAGUGCAGCUCUUCACACUGUAAUCAAUUCAGGUGUUUUUAAUUUUUAUUUCAUCAAAAUCAAUGUAGGAGAGCAGUCGACAUUGGUGAAUGGAGGGAGUUUUUUUUUUAGAAGCCUUUCAUUCAUUCACAUACGCCUGUUUGUUUGUCAUGAGUGGGACUCAAAUGUUUUCAUCAGCAAUGACAUGCCUAUGGAUAUUCUGUAACUAAAAACCUUUCGUGAUAUAUUUGUUGCCAGUCAUAAUACAUCAAAGCAACUCUUUUCCUCUGGUCUGCGAUAGCUGGUUAAACACGAGCUAGAGGAUUUGUUCAGUGUCCCACUUUCACUCGAGCAUUUAACUGUUAUGCUUACUAUUUUUUUAUUAUAAAUGUCUGGUUUGAAUUUUAAGUAUUUCUUUUUUUUUGUUAUUAAAUAAUUAAGAUGGAAGUGCUGGAGUAGUUUCAGCACUUUACCUCGAUUUUGCCUGGAAAAUAAACGGUUAGGAUCAA